UGCAGGAUGUUGUGGGAAUUUUUGGGGCACUCCCUUCACAUUGCAAAACUAAAGUUCUUCUUUGCUAGUGUUUGACACUCCAUCCUUGCCAGUUCAAUUUACGAAUGGAAUAAGGCCAGGUCUUUCGUCCUAUCCAAGCUGUGAGGACAUAAAUAUGUUAGGAAGACCAGAUAUUUUAAGAAAGGGAGAUUAUGGUUGUUUUUAUGUGCCAUCACAAGUAAAUUUAGUUUUUAAUAAUGGUUUCACUCUGGCUAAGGCAAGUAAUUUUAAGAGUAGGUGACAAUGUUUCAGAAUCUUAAAUAUCCUGUUUUUAAGGUAGUGUUUGUGAAAUUGAUCCGUUUCCACCUCAUACGCUUUUAAAAGGAAUAUCAAAGCUAAUUCUAUUUAUAAGUGUUGAUAUGAUAUGACUUAAACACAAUUUGCUUCUUAUAUUCUUAUUGUUGAAUAUUUUCAGAAAUUGUCUAAGUAUUCACUAGGCAUGGUCUGUUAUCAAAGACACACAGAGUAAUUAACAGCUCAAGUUCAAAACAAAUGGUAUUAAACAUUUUGUAUAUUUUCUGUUAUACCAUUUUCAUAAAUAUUCAAGUCCUUUUAUUUUAGGGUAGUAUUUUUAAUCUUGUGGUAGGUUUUUGUUUGGUUCUCUUUCAUAAUCAUUCUAUUUAUUCAUAGAUGAUGAUAAACAUGUAUUAUUUCACCUAGAUAAGAAAACCACAGAUACUGCCUUUGGGGCUAACACAGACAUGGUUGCCACACAUUAUACUGUUAUGGUUGAGGAGAUUUGUUGGUGUUGUGUUGUUUUGAAUUGAAUUUGAAGUAUCUUACAUAGUUUUGAGCUUGAAUUUUUCAGUUGUACUCUUCAUGUGACUGCCUGAGUACCUUUAUUAACAUUCAAGAUACCUUUAUACUGUUCCUUCUCUUGUGCCAAUGCCAAAGUUCUGUGAAAUGCUUUAAGUCUCUAGUGCAUUUAAGAUGCAGGAAAUUAGUGAGCUCCAUCUAGAACCUAAAAUGAUCACAGGAAUGGACUCUGUUGAUGGCCUCAAAAUUUCUGUUGAUAAUGAAAAAUUGAGAAAGAUGCGCCGUUGUUUCAGUGACCCAGUGUUAAGUUCAGCACAAAGGGAAGAAAUGAUGGGGGUAGACGUGAUUGAUGGGCUAAAGAUAUCUUUAGGUUACCGAAGGUCUGAGGCUACAUCAGAAGCCUGUAGGAAUAAUGUGGAAAUUGACUGGGAUGGUGAACAAGCAGAUGCACCACUCUUAGUCAGACUUCUUGCUCAGAGUCUGGAGACCUUAGCAAGCGUAGGGAUGUCACCCAGAAGAAAAAGGGGUCCCCGUUCUCAGACAAUUGCCUUCUUGGACCUGGCUCAGCUCCAAUUAGGAAUGCGAUUAGGAAUGCACCACCAAAGACUAAAAUCUCAGGAUCAGAUGAUCGGCCUUAAUUUUGCAGACGAAAGGGAAGCAGACUUUUUCAGCUGUGCUGUGAAUAAACAGCUAGCAAAGCAACACAAUAAGAAAGGUAAUAUUGUGAAAAGAAACUCACAAUACAGUAAUCCCCCGUAUUCAUGCACUCUGGAUUCACAGACUCAUGUAUUCGCCGAUUUCUCUCUGGAACAUAUACCCCCAUUACUAUGCUUGGAAAACUCGCUUUUUCGGGAUGCCCUUUGGGAUGCUGAUUGUAAUGUACAGAAAGUCCAGCGAGAAGUUAAUAACAUUCAAGAUUAG